GCCCCCUGGAUCACCAGGGCCCAGAGGACCACCUGGGAACACAGGGAAGGAUGGGCCCAGAGGACCCCCUGGAGAGCAGGGUCCACCUGGUCAAGAUGGAAUCGAUGGAUUAGAGGGACUGAUGGGUCCUCCUGGACAGAAGGGUGAGGAUGGACAGCAGGGCAUGCCUGGAUCACAGGGGUCUCCGGGGUUAAAGGGGGAGCAGGGGCCUGCUGGUGACCAGGGCAGGACUGGCCUUGAUGGACUACCAGGGAUGAAGGGCUUACCAGGAGAGAAGGCUGUUCCUGGCUCCUAUGACAACAUCGGCCUUGGCCAAGUCAUUCAGGGUCCCCCAGGGCCACCAGGGCCCCCAGGAGGCCAAGGUUCAAAGGGAGAGUCAGGCUCACCUGGUGCACCUGGAGCUGAUGGGGAUAAGGGAGCCAAAGGGGAUAGAGGUGAUGAUGGGAUGCCUGGAGUGGCAGGGGAGAAGGGAGAGCGAGGCCUGAUGGGCCAAGCUGGGCUUGCGGGAGGUGACGGAAAAAAGGGAGAGCGAGGGGAUUCAACGUUUGAGGACAGUCUGGCCCAGAGGAUCUCUAUCCCAGGCCCUCCAGGGCCUCCCGGGCCCCAGGGUUACAUGGGACUUGAUGGAAGGCCUGGCCCCAAGGGGGAACCAGGUGAGGGAGUGAAAGGAGAUAAGGGGGAUGCAGGUGACAAAGGUCUUCCUGGGUUAAGGGGUACCCAGGGUCUUCCAGGUUCUAUAGGAUUGGUUGGUCUCCCUGGCACCAAAGGGGUAAAGGGAGAGCAAGGAUUGCCAGGAUUAGAUGGUUUCCCCGGGCUGAUGGGACAAAAGGGGGAGAGAGGGGGCAGAGGAGACAAGGGCGACAGGGGGAUGCUGGGAAAGAAGGGACUGAAGGGACAGAAGGGCGAGCAAGGCCCCCCUGGACUGGACCAGCCCUGUCCUGUGGGUCGGGAUGGAUUACCCAUACCUGGAUGUUGGCAUAAGUGAUGACUGACCCGGGACAUGGGAUCUGUACAUAUCGAUAUAUAUUUUUCAAAUAAAACUCAAAUGUUGUUGUU